GUAUUUUCUCUAGUUAAAACUUGAGAUUAAUUAUCUUGGAGCAGCUCCCUCUUCAAUCUAAUCCAUUUUGGAUCUGUGGUUGGAAACUCCUAUGGCAGAGGCUGCAAUAAGCUCAUUGCUCGUGAAGAUCGGUGCUACCUUAGCUAGUGAGGCAACUAAAUCAGCACCAUCACUAUUACUAAGAUGGAUAUCAGCAAAGAAAGAACUCAUGAAGGGUAUAAAUGAGAUUAAGGACGAGCUUGAGAGCAUGCAAUCCUUUCUACGAAUUGUGGAAAGAUUAAAACAGAAAGAUGAGAACACAAAAACCUUCAUAAAACAAACAAGAGACUUGGCUUUCGACAUUGAGGAUAUUAUAGAUGAGUUCACGUACAAGUUGGGUGAGGAGCAAGGAGGGGUUCUACCCAGAGCAAUCAAGAGGUGCAGAAAUAUCUUCAUAACCUGGCAUCACCUUAGCAAGAGGCUUAAAGAGAUCAAAAUUAACCUCCGAAACAUCAUGGAGAGAAGGAUGCGAUAUGAUAUGAAAGGAAUGGAAAAUGAAGUAAAACAUCUAAUAGCUGUUGGCGGUAGCAAGACCCGUGCAGAAUCAACGCAUUUUGUCGAGGAGGAUGAUAUUGUGGGUAUUGACAAGUAUAGGGACUUGUUGCUCAAAUGGUUGAAAGAUGAGGAUGAACAGCAACGACAGCCCAUGAUAAUCUCAGUGUUGGGGAUGGGCGGUCUAGGGAAGACAACUCUUGCGACUCAUUUGUACAAUAUAAUCAAAGCUACCUUUGAUGCUUGUGCCUGGGUUGCUGUAUCUCAGAGUUACGAGACUCAUGAUUUGCUUAGACAGAUCUUAAAAGAGUUCUAUCGGGAAGAUCCUGAGAAAAGAGAAGUACCUAACAACAUUGAUACCAUGGAUUUUAGAAGCUUGGUUGAGACUAUCCGCACUUACUUGCAGUGUAGAAAGUAUGUACUCAUUCUGGAUGAUGUUUGGAGUAUUGAUGUAAUGAAUAAUAUAAAAGAUGCACUUCUAAAUAGUAAUAGCAAGAGUAGAAUAGUUCUCACAACAAGGAUUCGCGAUGUAGCACUACUAGCUAAUAAGCACCGUAUGUUUGAGCUAAAGACACUAGAGGCAGAUCAUUCAUGGGAUUUGUUUUGUAAAAAUGCAUUUUGGAAAAGUGCAAACAAGAUUUGCCCACCGCCUUUAGAACAAUGUGCCAAAAAAAUUGUCGAGAAGUGCGGUGGCUUGCCCCUUGCUAUCGUAUCUAUAGGCCGUCUCUUAACAUUUCGAGAACAAACUAAUUUUGAAUGGGAGAAGGUUUACAAAGAUCUUGAGUGGUAUCUAACUAACAACGAAUCGAAGCUCCAUGGAAAAGUACAUGACAUUUUGAAACUUAGUUUGGAUGAUCUUCCCCAUUACCUUCGAAAUUGCUUCUUACAUUGUUCUAGUUUUCCAGAAGAUUAUCAAAUUAGAAGAAACAGCCUCAUACGGCUUUGGGUGGCCGAAGGGUUCAUUGAAGAAAGAGGAAUAACGAUGGAGGAAGUGGCCGAGGAGUACCUUAACGAACUUGUUCAUCGCUGUCUACUACAAGUGGUAUAUAGGGAUGAAAAUGGUAGAGUUUGUGAAUGUCGAAUGCAUGACAUCAUUCGAGUCCUCGCUCUUUCGGAGUCAAAGGAGUUAAGUUUCUGCAUGGUUUACGAGCAUUCACGAAAAAAAUUGCAGAUUUGCGAAGCACGCCGCUUGUCAAUCCUAAGCGAUAUAACUGAAUAUUGUACUGAAGACAAAUCUCAUUUGCGUUCAGUACUUGUUUUCAACAAUUCCAUGAGCAAUGAUUUGCUGAAGUCGGUUUUAAGAUCAUCAAAAUUUUUACGUGUCUUGGAACUAGAAAAAGCGCCAAUCGAGAAACUACCAAGUGAGAUCUAUAACCUCUUCAACCUGCAUUAUCUUGGUUUGAGAGCUACAAAAAUUAAGGAGCUUCCAAGAUCAAUUGGGAAGCUACGAAAUCUGCAAAUAUUAGAUACACGUGAAAGUGAAAUACAAAACCUGCCAAAGGAAAUAACAGAGCUUCAAAAGUUGAGACAUCUAGUUUUGCCCCGCAAAUUGGGUAAAAACAUCAAGGUACUGGUGGGAAUAUGGCGCUUGAAGGGCUUGCAGACUUUAGGAUAUAUUGAAGCAACUAAGAAGAUUGUGCAGAAUAUAGAAGCUUUGACAGAGUUGCGGGAAUUUUUGAUAAUCGGCGUAAGAACCCUUCACUGUGCAGACUUGUGGAAUAGUAUCACAAAGAUGAACCAUCUUAUCGAUUUAUGUGUCGAAUGUGAAGAUGGGGGAGAAUUACAGCAGUUGGGCACCCUGCGCCUACCUCUACCAAUUGAAGGAUUACAACUGGAGGGUAAAUUAGACAAAACCUCACUCCCUGAGCUUGCCACGUUCUUUGGGUCUCUUACAAACCUAACCAGAUUAACACUUAAAUAUGCAAAAUUGGAUGAAGAUACGUUUCCUUACCUGCAAGCACUGCCCGCAUUAAUGCUUCUUUACCUUCAUGGCGCAUAUGAUGGCAUGAAGUUGCACUUCCAAGCAACAUCAUUCCCGAAGCUAAAGCAAUUGACAAUAUUUGGUGCCCGGAACCUCAGUCAGGUGGAAAUAGAAAGAGGAGCAAUCGCAAGCCUGAAUACGCUUCAGUUAUGCCAUUGCCCAAAGCUAAAGGAGUUGCCCCACGGUAUCGAGUACCUCACUACGCUUCGAGGUUUAUACAUUUGGCAUGCAGUAAAGGUACUUGUUGAGAAGUUUCGAGGAGGAGAAGGCGGCCACAUCAAUGAUGGCCGCACCAAGGUUCACCACGUCUCGACUUUUUUUAUUGGUAUCGAACAAGACGGCUGAUAUUUCAGAGAAAGGAUUCAAUGAUUCCAAGUACAUCAUGUAGGUGAAUUAAUUAUUGCAAAGCACCGAGCUUGAUGCUUCUAUAUUUUCCGCCUCGGAUCUUCUAAACAACCCAUGCUUGAGGAAACGAUGAUCUAGAGGCAGAUGUUAUCUCGCCUGCAUAUUUUAUUUUACUUUUAAUAAUGCACAUAAAAGUGGAAAUAUCAAAAUAUGAGUUGGUGCCUGCAGAAGAACCACUACUCCACAGUAUUAUGUAUUUGUAGGAUGAUUUGUAACCUUAUUAAAACUUUAUAUGUUGGCUAAAAUAAAGAAA